ACAUCGAACAGUCAGAGUCUGGUAGCAAUGGGAUGCCUUAUCUUGAGUGUAAAAGACUCCUGAGGACCAUGCAUGUAAAAAGGCAACUCUUCUCUGUCGAUAUCAAAGGGAAUUUGGCGUAUCAUUGGUUUAUUUAUGGUGCUUGCUUUCAAUGUGUUUUUUGCUCUAAAAUUUCUUCUAAUCCCAGAUUAACUCUGAGACAAGAUGACGCUCAACUGUUUUACAACAGAAAUUAUAGCCAUACAGUCUUGUUUCAUCAAGAAGGAUCAAAGAGUCUAUUGGUCGGAGGAGCAAAUGUUGUUCUUCAAGUUGAUGUUGAUAGUAUUCGGAUUUUGGAGAACUUUACUCUGAAUCCAGACUUACCAAAAUCAUGUGGUGGGAGUUCUUGUGAAAAUGUGGUGACAGUAAUUGAAAGAUUUCAAGAUUAUACAUUUGUAUGUGGGACAAAUGGAGAAGAUCCAAAGUGUUGGAAACUGUAUCCCAGAGAAAGCAAUCAUUCUAAUGAGGUUAUAGAAGGCACAGGGAUCUCACCUUACACAUGUACACAAAACUCCUUGUCCCUGAUGGCAGAUGGAGACCUUUAUGCAGCAGCUCCUCUAUAUAGUGAUGGUACCCUGCUACAGUUUCGUAGAAAAGCUGGCAAUCGAAAAAGUUUGUGGAUGUAUGAUCAAUGGGUCUCAGAACCCACGUUUAUCUCUAGCUUUCUGGCCAAGCGUACUGAUGACCCCAUGAAUGAGAAGAUUUACAUUUUAUUUCGUGAAAAAAACUCUGACACCAGUCCGGAGGCAGAUCCUUGGAUAUCCAGGGUGGCCCGUGUGUGUAAGGUUGAUGAGGGGGGUUCGAAGCAAUUACUCCAAAACAUCUGGACUUCCUUCCUCAAGGCACGGCCUGUGUGCGGGUUUCCUAGAGAAUCGCUGUACUUCAAUCGUCUGCAGGACGUUUAUGUUCAGCAUGCCAAGGACUGGCGAGACUCACGAGUGUACGCACUCUUCUCCAGCAGCUGGAACUCUACGGCUGUUUGCAUAUACUCUUUGGCAGAUCUUGAUGCUGUGUUUGAAAAUUCUACCUUCAGAGGUUAUAACAAUGCAAUACCCAGCCCAAGACCAGGAACAUGUGUGAAAAACAGCCAGUCCAUUCCCAGUGCUACCCUCAAUAUUGUUAAAAACUAUCCAGAGAUGAAGAGCUGGAUUCAUCCCAUUCACAAGGACAUGCCCUUUUUCACAAGUAAUAACAACUAUACCAAGAUAGUUGUUGACAGAGUCCAAGCUUCAGAUGAAAGCAUACACAAUGUUCUGCUGUUGGCCACAGACAAUGGCAUGAUCCUUAAAAUCCUAGAGGACGAGUCCAAAGCAUUCAUAAUUUCUGAGACACAUCUAUGCAAUGGCUCAGCACCAAUACAGUCGAUGAAACUAGAUUCUGAAAAGAGGAAGUUGUUUGUAGGAUAUCCUGGCCAGAUGUCAGUUUUAGACCUGCAGAGAUGUCAGGACUACAACACUUCCUGUCAGGAUUGUGUUCUUUCCCGUGAUCCAUACUGCGCUUGGAAUGAACAUGGUUGCACGGCACAAACUAAAGGAGGAAUACAAAAUAUUGCUAAUGGAGAAACGUAUGUGUGUGAACAGAAAUCAGUGGGAAGAUCCAGACGAGACUUGCAACAAUUAACAGCAGUUCCACUAAGAAUUCGACAUACUGUGCCCCACGAUGUACCAAUCUACCUCUCUUGCCCGGUCAAUUCCCAUCAUGCCACUUACAGGUGGUUACAUGGGGACAAGAGCAGCCCAUGCCAGCAGACCCAAUCUGAAUGCCUCCUCCUCAUUCCAGCGAUGACUGAUGACAAAUACGGCAAUUACAAAUGUAUAUCCCGUGAACGUGAUUACACCAAAACUGUGAAGGAGUAUGACCUCCCUAAGCCUGUUUUAAAUGCUGCUUUCAACCUCAGAGCACAAGAAUGGAUAAUGGCCGUAUUUGUCACUAUUGCCCUCUAUCUUUGCUCACUUUAAGGUCAAGGUAGUUAUAUAAAUGUCAGCGUUGAUGGAGCCACAGUUUGAGAGAGAGAGACGCACAAAGCGGUCUGUGUGUGUCUGCGUGCCAGAUUGGUGUGUGCUGAAAAGCAAACCUUUGUGUACUGCUGAAAAGCGGUGUCUUAUUGUGUGACACUGAAAAGUGUCUGCCUCCCCACACCAGCAGAAGACUAGAAUAAUUUUAUGCUUGCCAUCUGUUAAGCACAAUAGUCAUGCUGCAGUGAUGUCCAGAAGUCUGAGGCCACAUUGAAAAAAUUUGAAAAAAUGUAUUUUGAAUAGCGUAAAGCAAACUAGAUAGGUAAAGUUUGUCAGGUUAAACUUUAAUGUUGGCUUUACAAAGCCUUGUCUGAAAGUUUGAAUUAUUUUUAAAAGUUUUAAGUAUGAUGGUUAAACAGACACUACAGUAAGACAAACAGCUAGCUAGCAAGCUCUAUAGUCAGACAGUCCGUCACAUGGAUGGAUGGAUGGAUCGAUGGAUAGUUGAAAGUGAUCAUCCCUAUGCCCUUCUCCCUUCGAAGAACAGAUCUCUUGAUGUGGGCACUCUAAAGGGAGCAUGAAAGUACUGUAUGAAUGUACCAUUCAAUAAUAGUCUUGUAAAAGGGCUCUUUGUGAAAGAAAACUGUUUUCGAGUGGCGUCACCUUCCCGCAGUGCCCUUCAAGUGCUCAAAACGUCUCUGUUACGUACGUAACCUCGGUUCCCUGAGACGAAGGGAACGAGACAUUGCGUGCUAACGCAUAUGGGGAGUUGUCCUUCCACACGACCUAGUUGAAACUUCUCUACAAUAAUGCCAAUAUUCUAAUAUUGUCUAUGGUGUUUGAGCCCCGCCCUUUUAGGCGCAAAGCUGUCCGCUAUAAAAGCAGGUGCACAAACACCAUUCCUCAGAAUUUUCUGACUGAGGGACAAGGAGUGCAUCACUCGCACCUUCUUGCAGUUUUGCAGUGCGGCCAGUGUUCGCAAUAUUUCGUUCCCUUCGUCUCAGGGAACCGAGGUUACGUACGUAGCCGACACAUUCCCUUACAACUCGGUACACUUGAGAGCAUGCUAAGGCAUAUGGGGAACAGAAUCACACCUCACUACACGACAUAACCUCGCAGAGAGGAAACAUGACGGCGCAUGACGGCGUCCGAUAUGAGUAUGCCGCAAGUGAGUGACCCUCAUGUUGGGCCAGGAGGGGAGCACUCAGAAUGAAUAUAUGAACUAUAGUCCUUCACGAAUUAACCCCUUCACGAAUCCAGUCGGGAAGAGAGUUUAUUUAUAAUGAAAGUGCUUGAGACUUUAUGGUAAAUUACAUCGGCCUGAAUGCAGGCGGUUUUGUAAAAUGAUGGGGAGCCCGUAUUUAAGGGGAGGGGCAUAAGUAUAUGUUUGGCAAACGAAAUGGCAAGUGCUCUAAACAGAGAGGACUUGUGAAGAGAGACGUUACGUCUAGGUUGUAAAACCUUGCGAAUGUGUUUUGAGAAGACCAUCCUGCUGCAAAACAUAUGUCAGAUGGAGUUUGAAUUAACAAGCAUUCUGUUGGCCCAUUUGAACAUUUCUUUUAAUGUAAGUCAAUGGAAUUUUUCCCAUUUUUGAUCAUCCACUGUGCAAAAACCGUAAGUCUGAUUAGUUAGAAAAGGGCACACUAUUCCAGAACAGUCUGAAGGUCUGUGCCGAGUUUAGUGGAUGUAGCUUGAAAGAUUUUGAGUUACAGUCAAUAAUUUUGGUCUUUGUUUUGGGAUUCUGAAGCAAAAACAAAAUGUGGUCACUAAUUAAGUGUAAGAAAAUGUGUGACAUUGGUCAUAUUAACUGAUAAUAUAAUUGGUAUUGGAAAAACAUUGUGUUAAAUUAGAAAAAUGCAAAAAGCAUUUUCACUAGUGGGACCCGUAGUAUAAAGCACUUUAAAUCACUGGAUAAGAGCACCAACUAAAUGCCUUAAAUGUCAAAUGUGACUGGUUUGGCACCACCAAUACUGUAAGAACUGUUGCUUUACUGUACAGCCACUUGAAUUAUGUUCUGUAAACAGGGAUAUUCUAGAGAAACAUUUCUAAAUUUACAAUUAGAGAACAACGCAAUAUACAAUAAAUGGUAAGGACAUGAUUUUGUUCACAAUGAAUUGCCAAUGAGAGGUUGUGUGUUUGUGUAAUGGUAAAUGGCAACUUCCUCCCCAUUUGGAUCAUUUGUGAGAUUGAGUCCCUUUAUUAUAAUCUCUGGCUAUUAUGUAUUGCUAGCUUAAUCAGUUGUUUCUCUAUUUAUUUGUGUUAUCUUAAGCACUUCUUUCUUAUAACUUAUUGUGAUAAUAGCAAUGACCAUUGUCUUUGCUUUUAUGAAGUGAAACUUGGGGAAAGCAUAAGGGUUGAUGUGAACAGAAACUAGGGUUUUGUUAUAUCCUUGAACUCUCAAAGGAAGUAUGGGGUGAAAUCACUUGCAUGUGGGCUUAAGUUAAAUUCAAUUUAUGCUACAUGAAUUAGUAGGGAGCUUGAGGAUGCACCUUAACUUUGUAAAUGAUUUUUUUUUUUUUACCACCACCAAUAUAAAUGGCACCCCGAGUAAGUUUGAUUGCUUUUGAGUAGGUAGGGAACAGGGAAGGAGUGCUUUGGGGAGUAGAAGAAAAAAUCUAUGCAUGUAGAACUGUAAAUCUAAUCAAUUCCUUAAAAUGAAGGGAUUUCAUGUAUUGUUUUGAUAUUAAUCAUACACAACAUAUUCACUCGUGUAUUUUUUGCAGCAAAAUGUUUUCAUUUAAUUAUUUUUUAUUUGAUGUUUAAAGUUUGUUUGAAAUGUAUUUUUUCCCCUUUGUUUUAUACUACGUCAUGCAUUUACUUCUAUGCAUGGCAUAGUAGUGCAUAGCACUGAAUAUUCUGAUUGAUUAAUUGUUGUUAUGAGCAUGUAGAAAUUGCAAGUAGGCUAAAUAUAUUUAAAAAACACAAGUGCUCUUUUUAAUUUUGUCCCAAUAUUUAAUGGCCUUACUCAUUAUUUAUUGAGUAGGGCAGAUAUAGAUGGAAAAGGCCUGAAUGCACAAUAUGACAAGAGUCACAGCUGUUCUAGUUUCAAUGUAUUCCAAUGUGUACUAUAAUUCCAUAUUGGUAACACGUUAUUUACUUUCUAACAAAUCAUGAACAGUGUGUUUCUUCAGAUUAAUUUGACUUUGGAAAGCAUACUUAUAAUUUGUCUGAUAUGGUUAACACGGUGUAUUGUUUGAUUUAUAUAUUUCUGCACUAUUAUCUCUGAAAUAUGCUAAUCUAGAGCCAAAUACCUCCUCUCUGGAUGUGACUUUUAAGCCUAGUUAUGUAAUACUCUGCUAUCUUACUAUUUUUCUACUAUUUUCUACUUACUUUUAUGCAUAGCUUUGAUGUAUUUUUCUCAGUUAUGUUCAUUAUUGCUUAGUUAAAAAUGCUAAUACAAUUUUAUUUUUUA